CAUUCAGCCACCGGAGGAUCUCAGCAUCAUGGCCGCCACCGGAACAUUUCGCAUGGUGUCCGAGGAGGAGCAGGCGUUACGAGCUAAACUCGAACAUCUGAGCGUUAAAGACCACGGGCCGGUUUACGGACCCUGUAAGAAACUCCCGGAUCACACUAAACAGAAGGCUAAAGAUGAACUGAAUGAAACGGAGGAGAGGAAAGCGUCUUCUAUAAAGGAACUGAGGGCCAUGAUAAAAGAAAAGGCAAGCGAAGGGGACGAUCUGGCCAAAGCCGUGCAAGAAAAGUUCAAGAACGAACCAGACUCCCUUCUUCUGAGGUUCAUACGUGCCAGAAAGUUUGAUGUGACGAGAGCGCACGAGCUUAUGAAAGGUUAUGUGCGUUUUAGGCGAGACUACCCGGAGCUGUUUGAGAAUUUAACCCCGGAGGCCGUUCGCAGCACCAUCGAAGCCGGUUACCCUCGAAUCCUCUCCACCAGAGACAAGUGCGGCCGAGUCGUGCUGCUCUUCAACAUCGACAACUGGGAUCUGGAGGAGGUCACUUUCGAUGAAACUCUGCGUGCCUACUGUGUAAUCCUCGAGAAACUUUUAGAAAACGAAGAGACCCAAAUCAACGGCUUCGUCCUCAUCGAGAACUUCAAGGGCUUCACGAUGCAGCACGCGUCCGGCAUCAAACACACCGAGCUGAAGAAGAUGGUGGACAUGCUGCAGGACUCCUUCCCGGCCCGAUUCAAGGCCGUGCACGUGAUCCACCAGCCCUGGUACUUCACAACCACCUACAACGUGGUGAAGCCCUUCAUGAAGAGCAAACUGCUGGAGAGGGUUUUUGUUCACGGGGACGAGCUGGAUGGCUACCUCAGAGACUUUGGCAGCGAAAUCCUUCCGCCGGAUUUCGAUGGGACGGGUCCCAGCUGCGACGGCAAAGAGACGGCGAUCAAGCUGUUCGGAUCCGAAGAUACAGCCCUUUAAACGACCCAACGCUGCCACCGCUCGUUCAAUAUACGGUUUAAACGUUUUAUAGAAAAUAGACUUAUCUGACAUUUGUUUUAAACAGAGAAACUUGAAGUGUCUUUUAUUCUUUGCCUUGAAAACGUUGGCCUGAAAUUAAAAAAGGAAGAAAAAAAAAGUACUAGUUGCUUUUAGAAAAUUUGUCUAAUAAUUAGAAUUAAAUGCAUAAACUCGACCAAGAAAUAAUACGGUUGUUACUUUGUUGUUUUAGAACGAAUGGCUUGUAGAUAUUAUGUUGUGGUUAUUGUUGUUAACCCGUAUUGGUUUUUCUAGACCCAGAGCUUUUGUGUCAAGUCUCAUUUUCAAUAAAGUGGGCAAACGGUUUUGUGCAUCCGAUGCCAUGUGAAAAUAUUUACUAAGAGCGCAAACGUACUGGUAAUAUAGACGAUAGAGACCGCUGUUCAAGCGCAUGGUGUCAGUAAUGUUUUUUAAAAAAAAUUAGUAUGCUUAUUCAGCAAGGAUGCAGUUAGAAGAAAUUAAAUUGCUUAAAAAAAAAAAAAUUAAAAAUUGCUAAAAUAUUGAAUAAAAAAAAUCUGCUAAAAAAUUGCUGUUGCUUUUGAGCUUUCUGUUAAUAAGGAAAUCCUGAAAACAGGUUUCCACUACAAUAAUAAGAUGCGAAAUUCAUAAUAAAUGAGUAUAUUAGGAUGAUUUCUAAAGGAUCGUGUGACACUGGGGACUGGAGUAAUGGUGCUGAUUUUGCCAUUAAAGAAAUAAAUUAAGAUAUAUUCAAAUAGAAAAUAGUACACAAUAUUACUGUUUUUGCUGUAUUUUCAAAUAAAUGCAGCCUUGGUGGGCAGAAGGGACUUUUUAAUUAAAGUUAAGUUUAGCCUAAAAAUGACAGACUUUAUAUUUGAUGAAUUAAGUUGUGCUGUCAAACUACUACAAUUAAUCACAUCCAAAUUAUAUAUUUUUUACAUUACAUGUGUAUAUUUGUUAUGUAUAUAUACACAGCACA